AUUUGGUGCGGCCACCGUUCGACACCAUUCGGGACCACCGUUGACAUCGUAACUUCGUAGUUUUCUCUCUAUCAUCAUCAUUCGUGUCAUCAAGACUGCACCGGUACUUGCACACGGCGCCUGUGCUCACGUGCAGGGGGUUGGGCCAUGCGCAAGCCUGCCUGGCUGCUCGUGGUUCUAUGUCUAAUUCUGCUGUGGAGCGAGGGCCACGAGGCUGGCGCUGUGUUGAGGCGAAAGCCGGCCAUGCCACCCAUCUUCCAUAGCGAGCAGCAACUGCUGCAGUACCUCAAGGAGCUCGACGACUACUACCUUAUCAUUGGCAAGCCAAGCUUGCCGCCUGUUCCUCCUCGUCGUCUGCAAACCAUGUCCCCUUCGACGCUGGUGGCCAUGCUGAUGGUGCUGGUGGCCUCUGCUUCCGUCUCGAUGGCCAACAUGGGCGAAAGCCAGAAGCCCAACAUGCCACACGUCUUCCAGAACGAGAAACAGCUCUCCCAGUACCUGCAGGCUCUCGACGACUACUACCUGUUGCUCGGAAAACCCAGGUUUGGGAGAAGUUUUCAAGACAGCUACGAGACCAGGCGAUGGAACCUGCCAUAUACGGAAUUCCUUCGAACAGUGUGACAUUCAACAGCCACCGGAAGAAGAAACUGAGCCAUCCACGACGCCAAAUUAGGAACAAUAAAAGGAAUCAAUCAAUCAA